UCUGCUCACCUGACAGGAAGGCUAGGACUGACUGGACGCCAUCAUGAACAGCAGGUACCUCGACUGUAUCUUGGAUGGCAGCAUGUCCUUGGGCUUGUGGAAUGUUGAGCCCGGAAGACUGUGAAGAAGUGGACUGUUCCACGGGGAGUGACACAGCAGGUGCUUGGGAUGAUGUGGAGGGGGGACUUUGUGCUUGCUGAGCCAAUGAGUUUAAAUUGGAGAGCAAUGGCUGCAACCGCUUGGUCACUUCAUCUGUUACCCGCGACACCAGCUGAUCCAUUACCGGUGAAGGUAAAAUGGCAGGCUGGUCUGUUGCUGGUGCUGCAGGAGGUUGCGGGGUUGAGGAUGACAAGCUGCCAUCAACAACCAAACUGUGUCUCCUGACGCGCUGCGGAGGGGAGGAGACCAAAGCCUCCAAGGCCUGAGCAGAUGGCCGCUUGGAUCACUGUGAACGACGAGGAGGCAUCUACAGAAAACAAGGAAACAACAACAAGUACCUAG